GAACAGUGCCGGUGAACAGUGACCCCGAUGUGAACAGUAACUCUACUUCCAAAAUUGGCCAAAACACUAACUAAUUCACGGGACUUUCUCCAAAAAUCACAACAACCAACUAACACUCAAUCACAUAAAUCUCACUUGAAUUAAGCAACAAAACACACUUAAAUCCCUCUUAAUUGCUACCGGAAUUUCCCCAUUUCCUAGCCAAAUUCGGACAUCACAAGCAGCAACUUUAAAUGGAUAAUUUAAGUCUUAAAAGGCUGUCACAUACCAGAAUUUACAAGCAAGGAACCGGAGCUAGUAGAUUGGGGAAGGCCGGUGGGAUCUACAGGGGGAAGCUCACAGAACUACCCAAAAUUGAAGGAACAAGAGCAAUUAAAGUAAACCCAAGCCACUUCAAGGAAAAACAAAGGGAUUUAAUGGCUGUUUCUUACCCAAAACCCAAGCAAUUCGCCCCCACAACAAGAGCAGCCGGCGGACAGAGCAAAGCAGAGCAGAUCUGGUUUUUCCAGCGGGGGGGAAGAUUUCUGGGUUCUAGGUGUGUUCUAGAGCAAGAAAGGAAGGAGAAAACCAAGAUUAUCUCACCGGUUUCUCAAAGGCAUGGCUGGGUUCCCCUUUUUUUUUCCUCUCGGGCUGCAGCGGGAAGAAGAGCAGAAUCGGGUCUGAGGAGGAAGAAAAGAAAGAAAGAAAAAGAAAAAGAAGGAAGCUGAUCCUUAUCCUAAAAUCUUCCCCUCUUUAAGUCCCUCAAGUUUGGACAUUUUGGCUAUUAAGCCCAAAACAUUAUCUUU